AUAAAGCCAGACCGGCGUAGACGAGGAGGAGCCAAGAAGCGCUCGUGUUCCCGGAGCGACAGCACGCAGAGGAGAAAAAGCAAGCAGCUUCAUUUCACUCGAGUGAACACUCCUGCUCAAGUCCUCAGGAUUCCUCAACUCAAUGCGACUAACUACUUCUCCGCACCAAUUGUCGGCCCUGUUCUCCGAAGUCACUGGCUGUUUGGAAGCGAGCCGAGCCCGGAGCACUUUCUGACAGGUGUUUCGGUUACACCCAGGACUCGGAGGAGACUCGGAAUUGAAAUCAUGUCCAACGGGAAAGAUGCACCUGUUAGCGCAAACUCCACAGAGACGUCCCUAAAGGCAUGUCUUGAAGAGUGUAUGGAGGCCUUGGAUCUGUUCCUCAAUAACCACUUCAGCGAGAGUCUGGACAAACUGAAGCCACGAUGUAAAGAGAGCAUGUAUCAUGCUCUGAUCUACGCUACAGUGUUAGAGAUGCAGGCGAUGAUGACCUUCCAACACGACGACAUCGUCAAUGCAGGAAAUACAAUGAAAAGUGCUCAAGAUGUUUGCCAAAGGUUUCGUAAGAGGUCUGGUAGUCUGGCAGCCAGAGCAGCAGGUGAUGAGCUCUCUGAAGAGGAGCUCCAUGCUGAGGCGUGUUAUGCCGAAUGCUUGCUACAAAGAGCCGCUCUUACAUUUUUACAGGAUGAGAACAUGGUGAGUUUCAUUAAAGGAGGAAUCAAAGUACGCAAUAGCUACCUCAUAUACAAGGCGCUCCACUCCUUUAUUGAGUCACAUAACUCCUUCAAAGGGCCGAAUCACAAGCACCUGGAGGGAGGGGUGGCGUUCGGAAUUGGUGCGUUCAACUUGACACUUUCCUUGUUUCCUGCACGGAUUCUCAAGGUUUUGGAGUUUGCGGGAUUUUCUGGAGAUAAGGAAUAUGGCCUUUCCCAGCUGUAUGAAGGAGCCACCUCCCAUAACUUACGUUCCAUGCUCUGUGCCCUGCUGCUGCUCUGCUACUACACCUUCCUCUCAUUCAUUUUAGGGACAGGUGAGGGAGAAGUAGCUGAGGCUGAGAAACUGCUGAAGCCAUUUAGGAUACAAUAUCCAAAUGGGGCAAUUUUCCUUUUCUUUGCAGGCAGAGUGGAGGAAAUAAAAGGCAACAUUGAUGAGGCAAUAAUGCUAUUUGAAAAUGGAUGUAAAGCGCAGCAGGCCUGGAAGCAGUUUCACCACAUGUGCUACUGGGAACUGAUGUGGUGCUUCACCUACAAGAGGCACUGGAAAAUGGCCUACUUCUACGCCGACCUGCUCAGCCAGGAAAGUCGCUGGUCCAAGGCUAUGUACGUGUAUAUGAAGGCUGCUUAUCUCAGUAUGCUGCCAGGAGGAGAGGCUCGUCCAUUUGGGGAGAACGAGAUUGAGCUCUUCAGGCAGGUGCCAACCUUCAAACAGAAGAUAGCAGGGAAGUCUCCUCCUACAGAGAAGUUUGCUAUCCGCAAAGCCCGGCGCUACAGAGCCAGCUCCCCCGUACCACUCCCUGUUCCUGUGCUUGAGAUGAUGUACAUGUGGAAUGGUUUCUCCAUGAUAAGCAAACAGCCCGAGCUCACAGCAGGCAUACUGGAAACUCUGUUGGAGGCAGAGCAAACCCUGCAGGCUGCUCCCGAGAAUGAGUACAGUGCAGAUGACCUCUGCCUGAUUUUGCUGCUGAAGGGACUGUGCCUGAAGAACCAAAACCGACUGCACCUUGCUGAAGAAAGUUUUAACAAAGUUUACAGCAGUGAGAAGAAGCUGAAGUAUGACCACUACCUGAUUCCUAACACACUGCUGGAGCUGGGCCUACUCUACGCUGAAACAGGGAGGAGGGAUCAAGCCAUCAAACUUCUGCAGAAAGCCAAGAAUAACUACAAAGAGUACUCAAUGGAGUCCCGCACUCAGUUCAGGAUCCACGCAGCUCUGUCUAAACUGAAGGCAGACACGAGUGACCAGGACGAGAUCACGGUCCUGUAAAUAUUACCAGCUGAAGUGACAUGUUGAGGACUGACUCUUCUAGUGAACUAUGAUGCCAAAGAGACACUGUCAUCCUCCCUCCCUUAUUCCGUCCAGUUCAAGGCUGCAUGUAAAGGGCCUCACUCAGACAGUCUUGUGGACAUCUUAGGGACGCAGCGUUUGUAGUCAAUUUACAUGAUAUGUGUAUUUUAGGAUAAGUAGCUUAGAUACAUGGGUGAAAUUUCCACAUGAGAAGAGUAUUAUAUAGUCUACCUUGAGAUACAGCAGCACUUUUAGGAAAAGGAAAAUUUCUCAGGCUUUUUGAUUAGUUGAAGAUGAUUUGGUAUGCCAUUUCUGGUAUAUUAUAAAAACAUUGCUAGAUGGUGUUUUUAUCUAGGAAAUGAGAUGAAGCAGUUAUUAUUCAGUUACAGAAAACACCACACACAAGUGCCGUCCUCCAAAUGAAAGAAAUCUAAAUUGAAGGCUCUCAACUAAAUAUAGCAUGUGAGUGUUCACAAUUACGAGAUACGUUUCCCGCUAAAAGGUGAUCAUUAUGUUCCAGGAAGGACUAAAUUUGGUGCGAAGGCCAAAUUUACACCGCUAAUAGUUUUAAAUGGAUUUCUAUGUGAAAGCCGAGCCGUAUUGGCUACAUAUGAUGUGUGUUCACGCUGAAAGGAUAUUUUGUAAACUGACAGUGUUGAACUGAAAUUUUGUGGAGUUACUUUUGAAGCAGCAGAAAAUUAAUUUAUAAUAUAAGUAGAGCUACUUUUUAUAUCAUCAGUUAUGAAAAUCUACACGUUUAAUAUAAAUUUGAUUCAGUUAAUACUUCCAGUACUGAUAUGUGUCAAAUGAAAAUGGCCAUUUAUUAAUAACGCACAUCUGAUAUUAACUUAAUUUUUAUGGAUCUCUGUUUGAAGCAUUAUAAUAAAUCACUAUAAUGCCUUCAGGGCAGGAACACUUUUUGACUGCCAUUUAUUUAACAUUCCAAAAAAAACACUUGUAUGAUCUUUUUUGGAGAAAUAUAAUUUGACAAAAUUUUAAUAACUGAUGAAAUAAAAAGGCAUUUUCGUGGCUGUGGGAUUGAUUGUAUGUAUGGUUGUAUGUCGGUCUAAAACUGUGCACCUACACCUGCUAUGCCAUUACAAUAUUCUGAGUAUAGAGUGUGAUGAUGCUCGAAAUACUGGAGGAAGAAUGUGUUCAUUCACACUUGUCAUUUCAUAAUACAGUACUAAUAUGGCUUUAAUUAAAAAUAAAUCCUAGCAAAAUCAGUAAAUCUUAUCUGAAGACAGUUCUGUAUAUUAUCACUGGACUUCUAUUAGUUGUAAUGUUUUUAUAGCUACUAGCUAUUGUUUUUGUAAAUGUUUAUAGAAGUAACUGCUGAAUCAUACACUGAUCAGGCAUAACAUUAUGACCACUGAGAGGUGCCGUGAAUAACACUGAUUAUCUCCUCAUCAUGGCACCUGUUAGUGGGUGGGAUAUAUUAGGCAGCAAGUGAACAUUUUGUCCUCAAAGUUGAUGUGUUAGAAGCAGGAAAAAUGGACAAGCGUAAGGAUUUGAGCGAGUUUGACACGGGCCAAAUUGUGAUGGCUAGACGACUGGAUCAGAGCAUCUCCAAAACUGCAGCUCUUGUGGGGUGUUCCCGAUCUGCAGUGGUCAGUAUCUACACUAUAUUGCCAAAAGUAUUCGCUCACCCAUCCAAAUAAUCAGAAUCAGGUGUUCCAAUCACUUCCAUGGCCACAGGUGUAUAAAAUCAAGCAUCUAGGCAUGCAGACUGUUUUUACAAACAUUUGUGAAAGAAUGGGUCGCUCUCAGGAGCUCAGUGAAUUCCAGCGUGGAACUGUGAUAGGAUGCCACCUGUGCAACAAAUCCAGUCUUGAAAUUUCCUCGCUCCUAAAUAUUCC